AUGUCCAGUCUUCUGACUGACGGAGUGUAUAAAAUCGAAAAUAUUGGCAGGGGUCUCAUGCUGGAUUUGAAAGGCUUGCAAGAAGGCACUACGAUCGAAGGCCAUUCUGACAACGGUUCCGUAGCCCAACAGUGGAUUAUCACCGACCAAAGCCAGCCGGGUUUCACGUUCAGCCGUCAAACUGUCACCAUUCAGUCAACAGUGGCGGGUCCAACGGGCAUGGAUUCUUUGCUGCAGAAAUACAGAUGCUACUUGCAGGAUUCUGGUGAAAGAGUUCUAUAUACCAUGAAGAAGUGUUUUGUCAAUGUACUUGGUGCUUCAGAUGAUGGCUUCAGUGUUUACUACGAGAAUAAUAACUUGGUAUUGGCUAUUCCUAGCAGAACUCAGCCGGAAGUGAAAUUGGAGAAUUUCACAGCAGGCAAUGCUCGGCAAAUGUGGCGAUUUAUACGUGUCGAGUCCUAG